CCUGAGACCGUGGGUGUGGAGGAUUCCCGACCAAAGCCCCGGCCGCGAACUCACAUCGCCAAUGGGGACUCUGGUGCGCUGACUGAACCAACGCAUGGGGAUGACUCCAUAUCACCCUUAAUGUCUCGCUCCUCCUCCCACUCCUCCGUCUGCUCCGUCAGUUCCGCAUCUUCUUGCUCCGUGUGGUCUUCCUCCUCUUCUUUAUCCCCGCCUUACUGCUCCCCAGAAAUCCCUACCAAGCCCUUCACCCUGAUUCCCUCCCCUAGAGCUGCCGAAGACCUUCGUACUCCACAAUCCUCACUAAAGCCUCGAAUCCGAUGGCAACAACGAUUACGGCGGUUUCUCCGCAACCUCUGUUGUUUCAGCGUCUCACGCACUGAGGUGGAAUGA